GCCAAGCCUGUAGCCAAACAGCCGUUGUCUUCUUCAAAUAGACGUUCAGCGGCCCUGAUUUCACGUUCAAUCUGCACAAACCAGCAGCUCACGCCCAAAGCUUCUCCACGAUCGACUGGGUAACGAACCACCACGUCACGGUUCCACCACCACCACCACAGCGACGGCGCAAGAGCCCAUGUUAUUCCCUUUUGCGUUGUUAAUCUGCGUAAGAGUAACUUCACAGAGUGGCGAAUAGGGUGUUUGUUGAAUGGUCUGAUUGGUACGAUGAGGUACGUGAAGCCCUGGACCUUGUUCCAUGACUUGCUUAAGUCGAAUGCGGUAGAACGGGGUCGUUUGCUUGGUUUGGAUGUGGGCGACAAGUAUGUGGGGCUAGCUGUUUCAGACCCUCACAAUCAAAUUGCCUCUCCUCUGAGUGUUCUGCUAAGGAAGAAAUCAAACAUUGGUCUCAUGGCCAGUGACUUUCAAAGUCUGAUCUCUGAACUCUCUCUUGUGGGCUUUGUUGUUGGCUGCCCUUUCGACAGACAGCGAAGCUCUCCAGAUGCUGUGCAAGUGAAGCUUUUCAUUGAUGAUCUCUGUAAAACGAAGAAACUUGAAGGUUUGAACUACACCUAUUGGGACGAGCGCUUUACAUCAAAGAAUGUGGAAUUAAUGUUGAAGCCUUUGAACUUGCAUCCAGUUCAAGCAAAGACGAUAAUUGACAAGUUUGCUGCUGUUGGAAUACUCCAGGGAUACCUAGAUUAUGCUAACAGGAAGAUGAAGUUGGAAGCGGCAGAAUAAGAUGUCUCCAAAUUGCUCUUACUAACAAGACUGGCAAUGGAAACAAAUUCGGACCCGUCGAUGUCCAGACCGUCGGUGAGGAUGGCAA